UGGAGCAGUGUACAGUGGACACGGGCCGCAACUCAAAGCAAACGGAUUAAACGAAGGAUUAAAGAGUCUCAACGAAAUGGCUGCCGCUCAGAAAAUCGCCCUCAUGCUACUCGGUCUGUGCCUGGUGUGCGAUGUGGUGCUGUGCCAGCAGCAGGCCAACAACGACUCGGAUGUGGCCGAGAGCCGCACUUUUGGCCAUCAUUUUCUGCGUCGCAUUAGCUUUGCCCUGGUGCCGGGCGCCUUUGUUGUGGGCGUCAUAACCACAUUGCUGGCCGCUUUGACAGUGGUCUCCAUAAAGGGUCUGGGCGUCGGUGUCAUACUGCUCGUGCUGGCCAUUGGCCAGAUGCUGUCCCGAGCCCUGCCCGUGCAAGCCGCUGCCGCGUAUGCCGCAGCGCCCGCUCCCGUGCCCAUUGUCUACUCGCACUCGCACUCACAACAGCCCGUCUGGCUGGAGAAGGAGUGGUAACAGAUGGAGGCGUGUCGAAGGAUUUAGCGAGCUGGUAGCAGGCCACAAAGUAUACCUCAGCGAGCGUGCAACCAAAUAAUAAUUUAAGUCUAGUUUAAAUUAUUUAUU